AGAUAAAGCCCAACAAGUUAGCGGGCCCGGCCAUCAUUGGAUUGGGCGUAGGAAGCGAAGAUCCAAAACCAGAAAGAGAAACAAAGGCGAGCUGUGCUGGGAAGUUCACUGUUCAAAGGGCAGAGAAGCGAGGAAGAAGACGAAGAUGAACACCGACAUCACGGCCUCUGUGAAGCCGGAAUAUCCAGUGAUAGAUCGGAAUCCUCCGUUCACGACCGUCGUUUCCAAUUUCAACACUCUCGAUUACCUCCGGUUCACCACCAUCACCGGAAUCUCAGUCACCGUCGGCUAUCUCUCAGGAAUAAAGCCUGGGAUUCGGGGGCCAUCAAUGGUGACUGGAGGACUGAUUGGGCUGAUGGGAGGGUUCAUGUACGCUUACCAGAACUCUGCGGGAAGGCUCAUGGGAUUCUUCCCUAACGAAGGAGAGGUAGCCAAGUACAAGAAAUCCCUGUCUAGAUGAGCUAUUUCUUCUUUCGAAUCCAAGUAAGUUGGAUAGAUUUGCCAUGGUAUUAUGAAUAAUUGUGCCGCUUUUGAUGUUUUUAUUUCGAAUCCGAUGAAAUGUUCUUCGAAUGUGUACUGGCAAGCUGUUUGAAAUGGAAGAUUUGUAUCUGUAUGCUUUCUCUUUGACUCUUCAUCCUUGUUUGUGAUAUGGAGCCACAUUAGAGUUUUUUUUUAUUUGCUGAGCUUGAAUAUUUAUCUCUUGCUGCAUUUCAUUGUGCUACUUGAAGAACCACUGAAACAAAUAUGAACACAUCUU